GGUUUCUUCUUGUAGAUGAAAGCUGGUCACUGAGAUUGACGAAUGGGGGAAGCCGCUGUGAUGGUCGGGUGGAAAUUUACCACAACGGUCGCUGGGGCAGAGUACAGGACAGCCUCUGGGACCUCAGUGAUGCUACCGUGGUCUGCAAGCAACUAGGAUGUGGUGUCGCAAUUGCCGCUUAUACCUUUGCAAAUUAUGGAGAGAGUGAAGGGCCUGUGUGGGUGAAUGAUGUCCAGUGUGGAGGAAACGAAUCGCAUCUCCGCAACUGCAGCUCAUUUGCAAUGAACUCUUCUCUCAAUGAAAGUGUCGGCGUCGGGGUUCUGUGUUCAGAGCACAAACAGUUAAGGCUGUCAGACGGUGGAAGCCCAUGUGCAGGCCGAGUAGAGAUUUAUUACAACGGGACCUGGGGCUCAGUUUGUGAUGAUUCCUGGGAUCUGACAGACGCUGGCGUAGUUUGCAAACAGCUGCAUUGUGGAAAGGCAUUGGACGUGACACUUCCUGCCUCUUGCGGACCAGGCUCAGGUCCAGUUUGGCUGGAAGGCUUGGAGUGUUCAGGGGAGGAAUCAUAUCUCUGGCAAUGUCCGUCUGAAUAUUGGGGUGCCCACGACUGUUCUCAUAAAGAAGAUGUGAAGAUCAUGUGCUCAGAGCACAAGGAGCUGCGGCUGGUGAAUGCAAAUCUUCGCUGUGAGGGGAGAAUUGAAGUGUUCUACAAUGGUACCUGGGGAACAGUGUGCUCGGAAACACUGGAUCGCCAAGAUGCUGAGGUGAUCUGUAAACAGUUACAGUGCGGCCCUCUCGCUUCUAUUGAGUAUAGCUCUAGGACAUUCGGAGAAGGUUCAGGACGGAUUUGGCUCGAUGAAAUAGAAUGUAUUUCACACGAGUCGACCAUUUGGCAGUGUCAGACAGACCCGUGGGGACAACACAACUGUAAUCACAGAGAAGAUGCAGGAGUUUCAUGUUCAGAAAGAAAGAUAACGAAGGGCCAGCCCAAAAGUGAAAAGGAUUGUGGUCGAGAAUCAGAUUCAGAUGUAGGUUUGCGCCUGAUUGGAGGUAACACCAACUGCUCCGGGCGAGUGGAGAUAAUGUGCAAAAACAACUGGAGCACAGUGUGUGAUGACUCUUGGGAUAUGGCCGAUGCCAAUGUUGUCUGCAGACAGCUGCAUUGUGGCUCUGCUCUAUUGGCCACAGGAGGGGCUGCAUUUGGACAGGGUGAAGGUGACAUGUGGUUUGAUGAGGUGAGGUGUACCGGAAGCGAAUCCUUUCUCUCUGAUUGUCCUUCCUUAGCAUCUGCUCAAUCUGACUGUGAUCACAAGGAGGACGCCAGUGUGAUUUGUUCCGGUCCAGAAUUGUCAUCGGCUGCUUUUCCGUCCACACCCGCAGAACAUGAAGACAAUAUCACUUCCAUCCCUCUUGUGAUUGGUAUAACAAUCAGUAUCCUGUUGAUCUGUGAGUUCAUCGCACUAAUUGUGGUAAUGCGGAAGCAAUCAUCAAGGAAAGGUUUUGCCACUGGCAUUUGGGGUUCACCAAUUGAUUUGUACCAAGCAAUUUACGAAGAAAUUGAAAAUAUACCACCUGUCAAGGAUCCAGCUCUGACCCAUGGCUCAGUUUCUGCUUCCAUUGUUUCGCUCAAUGAGAUCGAAUAUUACACCAGCCACACAUUGGAUUUCAAAAGUCUUGGAUCGCCAAAUCCUGACGAGAAUUCAUCCAGUAUUCAGGCUCUCCGUGAUUACGACGAUGUUGAGACUACAGACAAUGAUCCUAAGGGCGAUGACUUGCUGCUGGACCGUGUUCAUGGUGAUUUCGUCACACGGGAAAGUGCCGGCGGUGAUAUGUGAACUCUGGGUAAAAUACAUCGAUAAAAUGAGGAUCCGACGCCCCACGCAUGUGACUAACUGUGUAAUAUCUGAGGGAACGCCCUUAAGUUUUUAAUAAAUAUAUCCAUCUGGAAGAUGCUUAACUUUCCGACAUGAAAAAGCUUUGAGAAAAAAAAAAAGCAAACAUUACCUUGUGUGGAGACAUCUAGAUUCGUUUCUUAAAUCUAUAAAUUAUCUUAAAAAGUAUGAAUACUGUCUAAUCAGAAUUGUAGGACAAAGGUUUUUUUUCGUGCAUUUUCAUGUAUGUAAUAAAACUGUACCACACCCCGCUGUAUCGACAAUACAACCCAUCAAGAGAAUUGAAGAACCGAUGACUAUCAUUAAAAGUUAUUUUCAGCUCCA